AUGCCGCGCGAAGCUUGUCACUUUUGUCGACGUGCUAGAAUUCGCCAUAAAACAAAAAAGAAAAAUCCAAUAUUUUGGCAUCUAAAUCGAAAAUUAAGUCGCAAAAACUAUCGUCAAAUUAUUGAGAGAAGUAUUGAGAAAUCGGCUUUUGCAUCAAUGCAUACUUCCAAAAAUGUAUGUGAUGGACAAAAUAAUAUGCCAGAUAAUUCUGCACUGAAAGAUCUCGUUAACCUGAUUAAUAAAGAUAAGGAAGUUGAAGGAGUACCUUUUCGGGAUCAGAGUGAAAUAAUUGUGCCAGAAUCUAUAGAUACUUCUAUAAUAGUAAAAGAUCUUCAGUCAUCGACCGUAGCCUCUCACGAGAAUGAUUCCUCGAAACUGACAACGAUGUCCAGUAUGAUCUCACCAGCAGAAAAAGUGGACUUAGCUCAUUUCAAGAUUUCAGCUCUAAAUAAUGAGUCUCUUGUUUUCUGUGAUGGUGUUAGCAAUAUAAACUUGAAGUGUUUAGUAUCACUAUAUGCUAAAAAACCACAAUCAAAGAUUCCUGAGUCGGUCUUACUGCAAUGUAAGUAUUAUCUGUUGUCAUUGACUACCGAUGUCAGUUGA